GGGAGAGAGAGAGAGACGGGAGAGAGAUAGAGGGUUCUUAAGUUCCGCUCACAAGCGGGGAAAAAAAGGGCGUCACCAAACGCUCUCUCUCUCUUCACUGCCCCCAGCUCUCUCGCUCCAUUUCUUUUCUUUUGUAUAGUUUUUCAAAUCAGUGUUAUCAUUCAAAAAUCUUCCCUCCUCUCUCCCUCUUCUUCUUUUCACUGCUUCGCUUCCCUUUCUCCUUCCCUUCUCUUCCGAGGUUUCGUGGUCGCGAGGGGCUGAUUGACUCGGCUCCCACUCCUCCGUCAAGUCUCAUGCGGUCUCCGAUUAGGGUUUCCUCCGAACGUGACCUGUAGAGGCCGAUUCGAUUCCUGCGGGGGCUUUGCUGCGUCGAAUUUUGAGCGAGAGGGCCCGUUGUUGGAGAGAUCUGUGGGGAAUUGCUGGGGAAUGGAAGAGGAGGAGACGAUGGAUCGGGUGAAGGCCGAGGAGGCGUCGACGAGCGGAAACGGGGUCGAGAAAGCAGACGAGGAACCUGGGAUUCGGUUGGCCAAGAGGGCGAAGGUUUCUGGGGAGUCCGAGAAGGCUGCUGACUUUGAUGCUGACAUGAAGAGGGUCGCGGAGAUCGUGAUUGUCUUGGCGGGGAUGGGUCGGAUGAGAGGCGGGCGGAGCCCGGUGGACGUGGAGAGGGAGCUCAUGGCGGAGGCCCGGAGGAAGUUGGCUUGCAUGUGCGAGAGUUUGCCUCCGAGAGAGCUUCUAUCGAAGGACGCUUAUGGGGUUCUUGUUGAAGAUCUUGGUCUCAAUAGGUUGAACGAUCAGAAGGGUCUCGGUCGGCCGAGGCUUUCCAUUGCGGAGAAGCUGCGGCUCACCAUGAAAAAGAUAGAAGAAGCAAAGGAAUUUGCGGCAAAGUCAUCAUCUUCUCAGACACCACAUAAUGGACUGGUUACCAGCAUAAAUGGUCAAAGCAUAUCCAACACAAAUCUCAAAGUAACUGCUGACAAGCUCAAUUCCAUGGCGCCAUCUUUGACAGGUUUUCAACCAUUCACACCUGUUAAUCAAACUAGGCCAGUUUCAGCAUCUGCAAGUCACAAUCAUGCACAAGCCAAUGAACCACUGGUGACUAGUAGCAGUCAGUUAGAAACUGAUUCUUCUCAGCAAGUAAAAACCGAGAUACGUUAUGGUGGAAUGUCUCAUUCUGCUCAAUCACUAAGAGCAACAUCUGCCGGUGAUCAAGUGCUUGGUGCUUUUCCUGGUUCAUCCUCUGUGCAAUUUUCUUCUGUUUCACGGGAUAAGAUUUCUCAAGGAUUGAAGCAGACAAUUUAUGGCUCUAGAAUGGAUCAGGGAAUACAUAAAGACGUUACAUCAUUAGCAACUUCUCAACUGCCUGAUGUUAAGGAUUCUAGAGUGCCUCAUCAUGCGUCAGGCGGUCCUUAUUCUAUUCAUCAGACUGUGCAACAUGCAAGUUCAUUGGGCAUUGCACGAGCUAGCCAUAGUGACAUUGUGAGAGACAUUCAGAAAUUAUUACAACCUGGAUCUCAUAGUCAUCCAGUGUGGUCACCUCCUUCACUUGCAUACAUGGAUGCACCUCUAACUUGCCAAAUAUGCAAAGUUACCAUUACUGAUGUUGGAAGUUUACUUGUAUGUGAUGCUUGUGAGAAGGGUGUCCACGUGAGGUGCCUCCAUGCAUACAAUCAGAAAAGCAUUCCUCAAGGUGAAUGGAAUUGCCCUAAAUGCUUGAUUUCAAACCAUGGAAAGCCAUUACCACUUAAAUAUGGCCGUAUCGGGAAACUUGUUGAUGUGCCGAAACUAUCAAAUGCGAAUAGUCCACAAUCAUCUAUGGAGAACAAAAUAGAGACUAGUGAUAAAAAGUCUAAUCAGCAGAAAUUAGCAGCUGAUGGAUGUGCUACCGAACCUAACAAGGAGAUGCUGGUGAACCAUGUGCUUACUGUUAAGGGAAGUAUACCUGAAGACAUAACUGGACAUGGAACAAUGCUGAGUACUGGAAUGUCUAACCAUCAGGUUUCCUGUGGGGCAGUUGAAAUUGGGGAAGGGCAACCUACUCAUACAGAUGGUAUAAAGAUUGACCUCCAUCCAUUUUCCACUUCAGAAACUGAGAAGCAGGGUGAUAAUAUACAUCAAACUGAGGCUGGAAAACCAAUUAUGAAUGAUGAGAAAAUUCCAAAGAAAAUCCCUACAUCAGAACAUCCUCAACCACUUGAACAAUCUGAUACUAGUGGCCUUGUCUUUAAACCUUCAAAUCAAGCCCAAACAGGAGAGGUAUCCCAUGAAAGUCUCUGUGUCAAAGCUUCAGCAAGUUCUCUUCUUGAAAAUGGCAACAUUGUGCCAGCAGGACUGGAUGGAUCAUCUAGCUCACAUGAUUCUUGUAAACACGACAGUUGUGGUGUGGUUAGUCAAGCUGAUCAGAAUAUCUCUCGGCCAGUUACUGCAACCAUACAAAAUGAAAAGAAAGCUGUAGAUUGUAAAUUUCCAGAAGGGAGGUUCCCUAGUGUUAGUUGGGGUAAACAACUGCAGGUUGUUGAUGGAAAAUCUUACUAUCAGGCCUGUUGUAUCAACGAAGUAGAGUAUAAGUUGCAGGAUCAUGCCUUCUUUCAUUCUGAAGAUCCCAGUGGUGCACCCUAUGUUGCAAAGCUUGAGGCUCUAUGGGAGGAUAAUACAAAUGGGACCAAAUGGGCACGUGUGAGUAUGUGCUACUCUUGCAGCAACCUGCCACAGAGUGUUGGUCAGCCUUGUACUCCAGAGGAGAAUGAGGUUUACGAAUCUAAUCACCAAAAUGAUGUACUUGUGCACCUCAUUCGAGGUCCAUGUUCUGUAAUGUCUGAAAGCAGGUAUAGACAGGAAAAAGAAAGUGGAGUGCGUUUAGAAAAAGAAAGUGGAGUGCGUUUAGGAUCAGAAACCAGCAAAAGUUCAAGUCCUCUCCUGUUCUGCAGGUGGUUUUAUGAUGACUCAAAAGGACUUUUCCAGCCUUUUACAGAGCGAUAACUGUACUCAAGUUGUUCCAAUUCUUUUUCACUGUGCAGUUAUAAUCACAUCUAAGACUAAGGAAGUGAGAGCUGCUUGCAAACCUAAAGGUUCCUCGCCUUUGUUGUUUGCAUGCUGCGUGCUGGAUCGGAUUAGAUUGGCAGUUCAGUCUAUGUCAUGCUGGAUUACCCAGAGUAUGGAGUAUGGACUCUGCUGCAUUAACCCUUUUUGGCAGGGCAAUCUAACCCUAGUUAUCACAGCAUAAAACACUGAAUAGACUUUCCAUGGCAAUGUGUUGAUUGGUUGGUCAGCGCCCACUCAUUUCCCUUGUGCCCUGAAUCUCGUUGGAGAAAGAGCCUGCUAGUCAUUUGCAUUAGAGCACCUGGAGCAGUGGAAGCAGUUUUCUGCAGAAUCGCCAGAGACCCUGUUUGUGGUCAUCGCACGUGACCUCUCUUGUUCCUCUUUUUCCAGACAGCAAGUUGAAGUAUCAUCUGACCAAUUCCCCUUCUGAUAUGCGUUCAGUUGGUUGGUACGGGGAAUUGCUCCAUUGAUAUCAGUCUCGUCAAAGUACAUGCUGUAUUUCUUAGUGGUUUCACUCCUUAGUAGCUCAAAGUAGGUGCUGGUAAGAGCUGCUCUAAUUCUUUUGUGCUUGGUGGGCAAAUGCAUUUUUGUUCAUUGCAUGGCCCCAUUAGAUUGGACAAACUUGUCUCUCCUACAUAAUUGAUCUGCUAGAAUGAGAUCACUAGUCGGAUAAUGUCUGAUGAUUUCCGAGAGCUUUACUCGGAAAUGUAAGUAACAAGCAAAACGUUCUUUUAUAAUUGGUUAGAGCUCGUUGGGCACUAGAAGAAUCAAUGUAUCUAUUUUUUGUUUGUCUGCAUAAUGUCACCGCAUUAUUUAAACAAAUGAAGAUAUUGUCCAUUCCUGAA